AUGGGAAGGAACCGAGUACCGGAAGGUGGCGCCGCCGGCGCCGGCGCGGGGAAGGGUAAUUCAACCACCAACAAAGAGGCGGCAGCAGCAGCUACAGCUAGGAAGAAGGACAAACUGUCCGUAUCCGCGCUUCUCAGCAUGGAUCAGAAACCCGACAAACCCAAUAUUAGCAAGCUCAAGCAAAAGCCAAUAACUCAAAGUUACACCGACGGCAUCGAUCUCCCUCCAUCCGACGAUGACGCCGAUGACUCCGACGAAGAGCGAAACCGACUUGCCGCCAACCAGCGCAGGACUGAUCGCAACCCCCACAUUGAUCAGUCAAAAAAAUUGGGGAAGAAGGAAUUUCGCGCUACCCGUGCUAUUGAUCAACCCGCGGCAAAGAAGGGGGAUCUCGAAGAUGACCGAGAUCCGUUCACCGUUGCGAUUGGAAAAAGCCGUGCGUCGGAUGAUCAACAGGAAGGCGCUGCCAAUUCGAAGGACAUCUCAAUUGAGGGUUUCACCGUUUCGGUCCGCGGGAAGGAACUUUUGAAGGAUGCGGAAUUGAAGAUUUCCCACGGGAGGAGGUACGGUCUCGUUGGACCUAACGGGAAGGGGAAAUCCACCCUUUUGAAGCUUCUCGCCUGGAGGAAGCUACCUCUCCCGAAGAACAUGGAUGUGCUGUUGGUCGAGCAGGAGGUGGCUAAGGAUGAUCGAUCCGCGCUACAGGUAGUUGUUUCAGCUGAUGCCGAGCUUGUUAAAUUGAGGCGAGAAGUCGAUGCUGCGUUGCAGGAUGACGAUGCAGGAGAUAGGGUUGUUGAAUUGUAUGAUAGAUUGCAGCAGAUGGGAUCAGACGGUGCUGAAGCUCGGGCGUCGAAGAUUCUGGCUGGAUUAGGGUUUGGUGUCGAAAUGCAGGCUCGGGCCACUCGGUCCUUGAGUGGAGGGGAGAGGAUGAGGGUCUCUCUGGCUAUGGCGCUUUUCGUGCAGCCGAGUCUUCUGUUGCUUGAUGAGCCAACGAAUCAUCUAGAUCUCAGGGCUGUCCUGUGGCUGGAGGAGUACUUGUGCAGGUGGAAGAAGACAUUGGUGGUUGUUUCGCACGAUCGCGAUUUCCUCAACGCGGUUUGUAACGAGAUCAUCCAUCUAGACUCGAAGAAGCUACACAUGUAUCGUGGCAACUUCGACAAUUUCAAGAGGGAAUAUGAGCAGAGGCAGAAGGCGGAGAGUAAGAGGGAUGAGACGUAUGCGAAGCUGUUGAAAGCUGCCAAGAGGAGUGGUAGUAAGCUUCAGCAGGAGAAGGUGAAAGAUCGAGCAUCAAACUGCCGACGAGGUAAGGGGAAAGUUGUUGUUGAUGAUGGUGAAUUGCCUAGUAUAAAGGCCAUAGGGAAAAGGAAGGAGUAUAAGGUCGAAUUUCACUUCCCUGUACCCACUGAGCUGAAGCGACCACUUCUGCAGCUUGUUGGAGUAAGCUACAGGCAUCAAGAUCGUGCUGAUUUUACGCUGUCGAACCUCUGCGUGGAUGUCGAUAUGGGAACCCGGGUCGCCAUCGUGGGAGCCAAUGGAGCUGGGAAAUCCACUCUGCUGAAGCUGCUCGCUGGUGAAUUCGUUCCGAAAGACAGUGCAGAUGUAAUGAGGAACCCGAAUCUGCGAAUCGGAAUGUACUCGCAGCACUUUGUGGAUCAGCUCACAAUGGAUGAAACACCUGUUCAGUAUCUCAUGAGACUGUAUCCAGAGCGGUUUAGCAAGCAACAGGAUGUACACGAGGCGCUCGGGAAAUUCGGUCUGCAGUGCAACCAUGACACCCUGAUAGCCAAACUGUCCGGCGGACAGAAAGCUCGUGUUGCGUUCGCAUCGAUCUCGUGUUCGAGGCCUCACGUUUUGUUGCUGGAUGAACCCACCAAUCAUUUGGAUAUGCAGAGCAUUGAUGCACUGGCCAAUGCGCUGGACGAAUUCGAAGGUGGCGUCAUCCUGGUUAGCCAUGACUCGAGGUUGAUCUCCAGUGUUUGCAACAACAACGACGACGGUGAAAGGAAGGUGAGCCAGAUCUGGGUUGUGAAAGAUGGUACGGUGGAGAUCUAUGAGGGGACGUUCGAAGAUUACAAGGAGGAACUGCUAAGAGUGAUUAGAGAUGAGGUUGAUGAUUGA